CCCCCCAAAAUAUUCAACCCAACAGCAACGGCAACACCAUCCCAAACACCAACGGCACCUGCCCCAACUCCACCAUCACCAAGAUCAACAGCUACACCCAAACCAUUCCGCUGCCCGUUCCUGGAAGCCAUCACCAGAAGCACCAGCACUGCCUGCUGGGCAACUCCCGUGUCAACCGGUCCUCACUUGGGCCAUCCGCCAUGAUGGCAUACUCUUCUUCCCCGGCGGCCUCUUCCUUCUACAGCUCCGUACUAAGUGGUCCCGGACCGGCCACCGAAUGCUCCCUCUCCCUCAAGUCAACCGGCGCCGCGACGAACGCACUGGCCACACCCCACAGAAACCGCCUAACGUCCCGCUUCCAGCACUCCAAGUCCCACUCAAUUUCCGGGUCGCGCGAGGCCACCCCCGUGCGGAUCGUCGGAGGAGGCGCCGGUUCCAACCGACGCGCCAACUCGGAAAAGUUUGACCGCCAAAAGACGGCCUCGUUGCCACUGCCCAAGCGUCGCCAGCUGAGUCUGAGCGCGACCAACUCGACGGGACGACCCGACCCGGACCAGCCGGAGGCGACGGAGCUGGAGGACGACGACGAGGAAGCGAGGGCGGAGAGGGCCCGCCGAGCGCGGAUAAGCGUUCUGAACGAGGACGUGUUCAACAUGAGCACUGGAGCGCCGGACACGUGCUCGUUCGUGACCAUCACCGGGACCGCGUUCUGCAACCAGCAGCGGCGGGACUCCAACUGUACGUUAAAUAGCAAUAGCUACAAGGAGCAGUACAUUCUAGGUAGUAACUAUAACAAUAAUAUCAACCGGCACAGCCGCGACCACUACGACUCGAUGCACCGGCUUAAGGAUCUGGACCUGGACCUAACCCCGGACCACCACCCGGAUCAGCUCCGACGCACCAGCUCCACCCCUCGCUCCGCCACCAUCGACGCCGCCCCCAAAGACUCGUCCCCCUCAACGCGGCCGAAUCCGGACCUGCACCGACCGACCGUCGAGCCGAAGCCCCAUCACUACGAAACGAACCGCAAGUCGCUGCAGGACAUCUUAUGA